AUGUCUGACUUUCCUCCAAAUUUAUCAAUAAGACCUUUGACUAUCGAGGAUAUUGAUAAAUGUAUUGCGUUAGAACAAGACGGAUUUCCAGAGGAAGAAAGAUGUAGUCCGGAAAGUUUAAAAUAUAGAUUAAGUGUUGCACCUGAGUUAUGUUCGGGUUUAUUCAUUAGAGAUUAUAAUUUUAAAUAUAAUUCAAUAAACCUACCAGAAGUUGCAGAAAAAUUGCAAAAAGAACAUGAUAAAGAAGGUAAGGAUUCUAAUACCAAUAAUGAAGAGGAAGAUGAUGACGAUGAAUUACCACAAGCUACUUCAGUUACAAAUGAAACUUUAAUUGGUCAUAUUUUAGCUACAAAAAUUGCCAGUGAUAGAAUAACUAAUGAAUCUAUGCAAUUACCAUCAAAAGAAACCCCAAAAACAGGUCAUCAUGAAUCAUCAAGAUUUAUAGGAAUUCAUUCAGUUGUCAUAAGUCCCGCUUGGAGAAAGAAAAAUUUAGGUGCUUUAUUAUUACAUGAUUAUAUACAAAAAUUAUCGAAUCAAGAUUUAGGUGAUCAAAUAAUAAUAAUUGUUCAUGAAGAUUUAAUACCAUUUUAUGAAAAAAUUGGUUUUAAUAAUUUAGGUGAAAGUGAUUGUAAAUUUGCAAAUACUAAAUGGUUUGAUAUGUCAAUUGAUUUAGUAUCAGUGGAUGAUCUUUAG